AUGGUCAAAUUACAGGCCUCAUUCACUCUUUCUCUGCUAAUCGCGAUCUUGAGUAUCGGCAGCGCUCAAGCUGAAGUCGCCGGUGCCCGAAACGGACCCCGACGACAUGACAAAGCUGCAUCUGCUGGAAAGCGAUCCCUCGCUCCUAGGGCGACAGACCCUUGGGCGAAUUUCAAGUCGUUUGACUGGUCCACUUGGCAGACCAAUUGGGGUUGGGCAGGUCACACUUUGGCAUACGUAAAAGCUUGGUACUACGACGAAUAUGGUCUCAAUCUGCCCUCUGGUGUGAGAAGUUGGCCCGAAUUAUCUUACUAUGUCAGUUACUUUGGUACCUAUAAGCCUACUCCUUCACCUUCCAUCUCGUCAUACGGUGGUGGCAACACCGAAGACCCCUGGGUCACCGGUACCCUCGCCUCUUCUUCCACCUCUUCCAGCAAAGCUGCCUCUACUUCCACUUCCACUUCUACAUCUACCUCUUCUGCCAAAUCAUCCUCGAGUUCAGCUGCUGCCGCCAGCUCCUCUGCCAUUAUCAGCUCAACCUCUUCUAGCAAAGCCUCGUCAACCUCUUCCUCUGCUGCUGCUUCCUCCAGCGCUGCCUCGUUGACCGGAUCGGCCGCAUCUUCGAGCACUUCCUCGUCAGUGGCUGCUUCUAGUUCCUCGUCAAGCUCUUCUAAGGCUGCUUCAAGCUCUUCUUCCUCAGUCGCUGCAUCAAGCUCCUCAUCUGCCGCUGCCUUGUCAAGCUCUUCCAAGACCGCUUCCUCAUCUUCAUCUUCUUCAGUCGCUGCUUCAAGCUCAUCAUCAUCAGUUGCUGCCUCCAACUCUGUUGCCGCUUCCAGCUCUUCAGCCGCCGCGUCCUCAUCGGUAGCUUCCUCUUCCACAAGCUCUUCAACGAGCUCUUCCGCUUCCGCUUCUGCCACCGCUACUGUACCAUCCGGAUGGAAAAAAGCUGAUAUUCCUUGUAUCGCUGAUGGCAAAACUGGUCGAGCCCUACUCGGUUCAUUCACUAUCGAUUACAAUAACACCAUCGAAGGCUGUCUCGCCCGAUGUGACGCGGGUGGGUUCGCUAUUGCCGGUAUCGAAUACGGUAAUCAAUGUUUCUGUGGUUCGUACCUCUCCAACGGUGCCUCUCUGUCUACAACUGCCACUUGCGCUGUCGCUUGUCCAGGUAACAAGGAUCAAACAUGUGGUGGAUAUUAUGCCCUGUCUCUUUACGUCUCCACCAAAUUAAACGGUGCUGCCCUUUCUUCGGAUCUACUCUCAGUCGCCGCUACGCUUCCUGAUGGAUGGUCAACGGCAUCGAAAUGUAUGCAAGAAGUCAACGGGCGAGCUCUUACCGACUACUCCUGGGCUACCGACGCUAUGACCGUCCCAUUGUGUCUUAAUAAAUGUGCUUCUCUCGGAUACCAAUAUGGUGGUAUUGAAUACGGCAGAGAAUGUUACUGUGGUAACUCUUUAGAUAAUGAUGCCGAUCUCACCAAAACCUCCACACUUUGUGGUACUCCCUGUGCCGGUAACCCAUCUACUCCAUGUGGUGGUUGGAACGCUCUACAAGUAUACAACAAUCCUGCUUACUCUUAUUCUAAUACUAUCGUCAACGGUUACGUCAAGACUGCUUGUCUUCAAGAAGUCGCUAACCGAGCCUUGAGAGGUGCCGCCUACAAGGACGAGACCGGUAUGACCGUCGAAACUUGUACUCAAUACUGUGCCGAUCGAGGAUUCAUCAUGGCCGGUCUCGAAUACGGAAGUGAAUGUUACUGUGGUUCUGCUUUAGUCGGCGGUGCUUCCCUUCUUUUGACUUCCGGAGAAUGUAAGAUGAACUGUGUUGGUAAUGCCAACGAGAACUGUGGUGGAGCCAACGCGAUAUGGUUGUAUAUCAACCCUAACACCCUUACUGCUUCCGUCACUUUACCUACCGGAUGGACUUACAAGGGUUGUAUCGGUGAAGGGUCAUCUGCUCGAGCACUCAACUUCACCGCUACCGACCUAAUCACCAAGGGGACCAUGACCGGUGAGAAAUGUGCAAGACAAUGUUCCGAAUCAGGAUAUACCAUGGCCGGUACCGAAUACGCUUCUCAAUGUUACUGUGGUAACUCCUUCCAAGGAGGUGCUACUGGAAAAAUCAUCGAUACUAUCACCGACGGUACCUCUCAGUGUAACUACCCAUGUCCAGGUAACGCCGCCCAGAUGUGUGGUGGCGGUUAUAGAUUAUCUUUAUAUUCUAGCUUGGUUACCCUCCCGGGUACCGUCACAACGGCAUUAUAA